CCUUUCCGCCCAAGAAGUCGAGACUUGAGAGCUGAGAGGGGACCGAGAAUGGAGACUCAGAGCUCUCCUCCAUGUCCCUACACGGUAACGGUUCGAAGAAACCCUCAUCGCAAAGCCAGGGCAACGCCUUCAACAAGCGCUCCUCCUCGUCCUCUUCUUUCAAACCCCAUUACUUCAGAAAUUCCAGCAUUUCCGAUCCAAGAAAUUUUGGCCAUGCAAGUCCCUCAAGCCCUCUCAACUCCCUCCCCCGAAAAUCUCAGAGUUUUUCUCAGAAUUCGACCCCUCAUCACUCUUCAAGGGUCGGGAAAGUGUGGGAGUCGCGGAAAUCAAAGUUCCAAGUCCGUGGCGAAAAACGCGUGGCCUCAGAACCCUAGCACGAAGAUUAAGAGAAAGAAGAACAAGAACUCUGAAAUUUGUAUCGCGGUUAAUAACACGCAGUCGGUGACACUCUCGCCGCCUUCCCACUUGAAGGAUCUGAAGCGGAUCAAGUCUGAGGUCUAUGAAGGCUUUUCUCAUGUGUUCUCUGCCGAUUCUUCUCAGGAAGAAGUCUAUGAAAGGAUGGUGAAGCCUUUGGUGGAGGAUUUCAUCAAUGGCAAAAGCGGGAUGCUGGCUGCAUUGGGCCCUAGUGGAUCUGGCAAGACCCAUACUGUUUUUGGGUGUCCAAGGGAGCCUGGAAUGGUACCUCUUGCACUUCAACAAAUUUUCAAGCGGACUGAGGGGAGUGGUUCUGAGGCAACAAGGUCAUUUUACAUAUCAAUAUUUGAAAUAUAUUCUGAAAGAGGAAAAGGAGAAAGGAUGUUAGAUUUGUCCCCAGGUGGAGCAGAUUUAUUCAUGCAACAGUCAUCUAUAAAAGGUCUUCAAGAGGUAGUCAUUUCUGAUGUUGCACAGGCAGAAUCCUUAAUAGCACAAGGCAUGUUAAAACGCUCUACUGCAAUGACAAAUUCAAACAGCCAGUCAAGCCGGUCACAGUGCAUUAUAAACAUCCGCAGUGCUCCUAACAACUUAGAGAGUGACGUUAGUGUUCAACUGAACAGUGCAGUAUUAACUAUUGUUGACCUUGCUGGUGCUGAAAGAGAAAAGAGAACUGGGAAUCAGGGGGCCAGAUUACUUGAGAGCAAUUUCAUCAACAACACAUCAAUGGUUUUUGGAUUGUGUCUGAGGUCAUUGUUGGAGCAUCAAAGGAACCCCAAGAAGCCACUACAGAAACAUUUUCAGAACUCUUUGUUAACUAGGUACUUACGAGAUUAUUUGGAAGGCAAGAAGCGGAUGGCAUUGAUUUUGACGAUAAAGCCAGGAGAAGAAGACUAUCUUGAUACAUCCUUUCUACUAAAACAAGCUUCCCCUUAUAUGAAAAUCAAGUUCAAUAAUGUUGAAGAAUUGUCCGAUUUGGUUGCUAAUAAGAGGCAUGUUCGAACAUUACCUAGAUUUGAACAGCGCAAAAGAAUGAAGUUCAGUAACCCUGAUGCUUGUGUGAUUGAAGAAGCAAAUAGUGUCAGAGAUGAACAACGACUUUGUGUUUGUGAUGAAGAGGUCAAUCCAGAGGAGCUCAAGGAGACUGGAACCGUAAAAGCUCUGGUUCAGUCCCCAAGAAAUUCUAAAUUGGAUGUUUAUGAUAGCACAUUUCUCAAGUUGAAUGGUGUUGAAUUGGCAAAGAGAGAGAGAAACAAUCAGAUUAUGCAAGGUUUUGCAAAAGCUUUAUGGGAUGUUUUGAAGCAAUAUAAGGAAAAACUUGAGGAAGCAGAAAACCAAGUGCAGAGUCUCAGAGAAAGCCUUAAAAGUGAAAAGGCAAAAUAUUUUGAGCUAGACAAAGAAAUGAAGGAUUUGAAGUCCCAUUGUUCUUGUUGUAAAGAGAAAGUAGUGGAGAGUACUUUACCCAAGGAGAAUUCAAAUUCUGAAUUGACAGUAGAUGAUUCAUCACAAUUGGAGGGACAUGGAUCUAGCAAUAUUGAUGAGAUAAACAUGGGUGUUUCUCUCAACCUUGACCUUGAGGCUUUUGAGCAUGGCAGCACUCCAGCAAAAUGUGACUCUAGUGUGCAACAGGAGUUGGAUGCAUUUUUGCAGGUGGAAAGUUCUGAUAUGGUUGAUUCUAGUUGUUUGUGUAUCAAAGAUUUCCAACAUCAGAAUUCUCAGGUAAUUCAGGGAGUACCUUCUUCUGACAUGGUGGGUUUUGAGUGCAUUGACAAUGAGCUGAAACAUAAUGCCACUUAUAAUCAGGAGCAUUGGAGCUUUUCUAGAAAUGGGAAGAGUGCUGAAGAUUUAAAUGAGUUGAAAUAUUUGGAAAUUGAUGAUAACAAUCUGAAGGCUGAAGUUACAGCUGGUACAAAGCUUUCGAAGUCUCUGUUCAGUUCUUCUCAGUCACCUGUCAUGGUUAGUGACAACAACUGUUCAUCAGUGGAGUUGGACCAAUUGCAUACUGAAGAGGACAAGAUAUUGUUGGAUCCACCACUGAUGCCUAAAGUAGAUGUUGCAGUUACACCAGAAUGUAAGACUGGUAAUGUGCCAGAAAGUGAAGCAGAACUUAAUUCUUGCAGCAAACCAUUGUGGGAUCCACCACUGAUGCCUAAGGAAGAUGUUGCAGUAACACGAGUAUGUAAGACUGGUAAUGUGCCAGAAAGUGAAGCAGAACUUAAUUCUUGCAGCAAACCAUUGUGGGAUCCACCUCUGAUGCCUAAGGAAGAUGUUGCAGUAACACGAGUAUGUAACACUGGUAAUGUGCCAGAAAGUGAAUCAGAACCUAAUUCUUGCAGCAAACGAUUGUUGGAUCCACCUCUGAUGCCUAAGGAAGAUGUUGCAGUUACACAAGUAUGCGACACUGGUGACAUGCCAGAAAGUGAAGCAGAACUUGAUUCUUUCAGCAAACCAUUGUUGUUGUAUCCACCACUGAUGCCUAAGGAAGAUGUUGCUGUUACCCAAGUAUGUAACACCAGUAACGUGCCAGAAAGUGAAUCAGAACCUAAUUCUUGUAGCAAACAGUUCUUGGAUCCACCUAUGAUGCCUAAGGAAGAUGUUGCAGUUACCCAAGUAUGUGACACUGGUGAGAUGCCAGAAAGUGAAACAGAACUUAAUUCUUGUAGCAAACCAUUUUUAGAUCCAUGGCUGAUCCCUGGGAAAGAUGUUGCAGUUACCCAAGUAUCUGACACUGAUGAUGUGCCCGAAAGUGAAUCAGAGCUUAAUUCUUGCAGCAAACCAUUGAUGGAUUCACCAUUGGUGCCUGAGGAAGAUGUUGCAGUUACACAAGGAUGCUACAUUGGUGAUGUGAAGGAAAGUGAAUCAGAAGUUAAUUCUUGCAGCAAACCAUUGUUGGAUCCCCAAUUGAUGUCUAAGGAAGAUGUUACAGUCACACAAGUAUGUGACACUGAUGAUGUGCCAGGAAGUGAAGCAGAAGUUAAUUCUUGCAGCAAAACGUUGUUGGCUCCCCAACUCAUGCCUAAGGAAGACGUUGCAGUUACACGAGUAUGUUACACUGGUGAUGUGCCAGAAAGUGAAGCAGAAGUUACUUCUUGCAGCAGCAAACCGUUGCUGGCAGAAAGUGAAGCAGAACCUAAUUCUUGCAGCAAAGCCUUGAAAGCAGAGAAACCAAGAAGGAGACUUUUGCCGGCCUCAUCCGUAUUGUUGAGGGACAUUGGUGGUUUGGACUUGGAAGAUGAGAAUCAGAAACCAAGGGGAACCAGAGGUGGAAAGAAAUUGGCUGCAGAUGAAAUAAACAGAACUCAGGGCAGCAUCUCUCUCAUGCGAUUGCUUAAGAGCAACCUUCGCCUCUAGACAACCACCCUUAACCAAACUGAAAUAAAAUAUUUUCAGUGACGUGGGUCACAUCAAAUUACAUUUUCGAGAACAAAGGGCAGGAGCACUGCUUCGAGCGAGUUAGCCCCACUGUUUAUGGUACAUUGCAUGCAGAGGAUAGAAAAGGUCACUCAUCCCAUCAAACUGUGAGAAUUGAAAAGACGAACAAUGUUACAGUUCGGAAAUACGGUUGUACAGAAAAUAUCAUAGGCACCAACCAUUGUCUCCGCAUUAAAUAGUAAAGAUGUGACAUUACGUAAUAAAAUAUAUGGUAAUAAAUGGUAAGGAUACCUUUCAUUAAUAAUGACACCGCAUAAGCAAGUGGAUUUGUAUGAGUGCCCACAGGUCGAAGCAUAAAUUUUCAAUAAAAUUAAUACAAUGGAUAAAAGAGCACUUCUAAUGCCAUGACUUCAAUAACUCAAUAAUUGAAUGGCGAUGCAUCAAUUAUCACUUUUAAGUUUUAAGUCAUUGAAAAUUUCUUGAAUUUUAGAUAAGUGACAAUUGGCAAGAGGUUUUAAUAGGACGGGUCAGUAAAGCAACUUGCAAUGGAGGCACCUCUCAUGGGC